UUUCGACAAACAGAAGUUGUGUGGCUAUCUCUGUGUCACCAAAACCCAAACCCCUCUCUUUCUCUCCCGCUUCUCCUUUCCAACCGCCUUUGCCUUUCUCUCAUCUCUCACUGUGUUAUCUUCUUCACUCACAUUUCAAUUGCCGCUAACAACUACUAGUUGGCGUAUGGAAUCUGAAAAACACAUUGCAUUCCGUUUCUCUUAUUGAAUUUGUGCGACUUGGAGUUUGACUGGAUGAGCUCCCCAUGCCGUUAUUAGAUAUUGCUACUACACAGCCUUGUUUUAGUAACAAUGUCUGUUCAGUUAGUUCUCAAAAUAUCUUUGCUACUAGACUUGUCUACAACAAUGAGAUUAAAUUUGUAUCUACUUGGAAUACCUUCCGAAUACCACAAAAAGCUUCGAAUUCGAGAAUUAAGCUGUUUCGGAGUGGGUUGAUGAUAAGGGCAGUAGCUACCCUCGAAAAAGGACCCACCAAGAAUACCCAAACCAAUGAGGAACAGAACAGUUUUGGUGGUGUGAGGAUGGGAAAAUAUGAAGGAAGCUCAACUUCUGUUGUUGUUGAGCAGCAGUCGCCGAGUGAGGAGGCUGAGUUGAAUGAGAGAGAGAAGUUGAGGCGGAUGAGGAUAUCCAAAGCUAAUAAAGGGAACACACCUUGGAAUAAAGGCAGGAAGCACAGUCCAGAAACUUUACAACGAAUUCGAGAACGAACCAGGCUUGCAAUGCAGGAUCCUAAGGUGAAAAUGAAGUUGGUUAACCUGGGGCAUGCUCAAAGUGAGGAAACAAAGUUGAAAAUUGGUGUUGCUGUAAGGAUGGGGUGGGAAAGGCGCCGUGGGAAGUUGAGGCUCCAGGAAACUUGCCACUAUGAGUGGCAAAAUUUAAUUGCAGAAGCUUCUAGGAGGGGCCUUUUGGGUGAGGAAGAGUUGGAGUGGGACUCUUACGAGAUUUUGAGCAAACAGCUUGAGCAGGAGUGGAUACAGAGUGUUGAGGAAAGGAAGAAUAGGCCCAGGCUGAAGGGUAACAAGAGAGCUCCCAAAUCUGCCGAACAGAGGAGGAAGAUUUCAGAGGCCAUUGCAGCUAAAUGGGCUGAUCCUGAUUACCGUUCUCGGGUCCGUUCUGCUCUGUCCAAAUAUCAUGGAGUACCUGAUGGGGUUGAAAGAAGACCAAGGAGAAAGCCUGUUAGUGAUAAGCAGACCAGAAAAAGAAGCUCUCUGAAAAACAAAGCUAAUGAAUUGGAUAAUCUGGUAAAGCCCGAGCCCAAGAGCCAAGUUCAACGUGUUCGAUUGAGGAGAAAAAACACACCAAUGUACAAGGAUCCUUUAGCUAGUUCCAAGUUAGAAAUGUUAAAGAAUAUCAGGGCACAGAGAGCAGGUAUUGACCAGAAGAAAAUUGAAGCCGUCACGAGAGCAAAAGCAUUGAUAGCUGAGGCUGAGAAGGCAGCAGAGGCCUUGGAAAUGGCUGCCCAUUAUAGCCCUGUUGCUCAAGCAUCGCUCAUUGAAACUCGGAAGCUCAUCUCUGAAGCUAUCCGGUCCAUUGAAUCUAUAGAGAAUGAGGUGACUGUUACAGAUGGAAAUCUUUCACCACCUUCGACUGAGCUGGCGAGCCUCACUGCAGACAACGGAGAUUCAGAAUUUGGAGCUCUGGCUGACCCUGGUGAAAGAAUAAAUGGUUGGCAUGCUGUGCCGCCUAUGGACAGUGGCAUCUAUGAUUUAGAUAAUGGACGACAUGCCUUGCAAGGUUUACCGAAUGGUAAAAGCACAGCUCUCUUGUCAAGCACCGGUGACUAUGAUUUACUGGGUGACAGGCAGGACGUCUAUCAAAUGAUUUCCAGUAAUUUAUCUUUGGAAAAGGAAGCCAGUAUCACACAGCCCUCCAGCUCGACUCAGAGACUUGAUGAGGAUGAAGCUAAUGAAAGCCCAGGAGAUGAACAGAAACAUCUUCUAAACAAGGAUGAAGCUAAUGCAGGCCCAGGAGAUGAACAGAAACCGCUACCAAACGGAUUGAUUUCUGGGGUGAAGAUUGAGGCGGCGACCACCACCACCACCACCAAGAAAUGGGUCCGUGGGAGGUUGGUUGAAGUAAGUGAAGACUGUUAAAUUAGCUGAAAUAAUAUUUGAAGUAUUUGAUAGACACACUUGGAAUGCAUCUCAUGGAUGCACUGUAGAGUACACUUAUGCCUACAACAAUUUUUUUGACAGAGAGUGUUUUCUCUGCAAAGUAAAUCAAAUCAAAUCAUAGUCUGAGCUUUGAUAGCUGCAGUAGGCAUUUCAGUCUCUAGUUUCAUGCUAGAUACAUAUUCUUGUAAUAUCUCUUUCAUGACCAUUUAUGUAAAGCUUCAGGAUAGACCUGGCCGGCCGCAUUGUAAUUUGUCGGGCCUCACUUAGUUUAUUCCAAUUAUUGUGACAUUUGAUU